AUGUCGCAGACACUGACACUGCAUCCCGUCACGGCCUUCACGUUUACCACCAAGGAGGCGCAGCCGGAAGAAGACCCGUCGGUGGCAGCGCGGCUGCAGCGGCUUCAGAACAACUAUGAGGAUCUCGGCAUGAGGCGGACUGUCGAAGCGGUGCUGGUGGUGCACGAACAUGGACAUCCGCAUGUGCUCAUGCUCCAAAUCGCAAACGCCUUCUUCAAGCUACCGGGAGACUACCUAAAGCCAGGCGAGGAUGAGGUGGAAGGUAUGAAGGCUCGACUGGACGAGAGACUCAGUCCGGUCGAAAGCGAUCCUGCCUCUUUUGGCCCUAAUGGCGAAGGACGAAACAAGGACGAUGGCGACUGGGAGAUUCAGGACUGCCUAGCCCAGUGGUGGAGACCCAACUUUGAAACAUUCAUGUAUCCGUAUGCACCACCGCACGUUACCAAGCCGAAAGAAUGCAAGAAACUCUUCCUCGUCACAAUCCCCCCCACCAAGGUACUGGCCGUACCCAAGAACAUGAAGCUGUUGGCUGUUCCCCUGUUCGAGUUGUACGAUAACUCGCAACGUUACGGUCCACAGCUCGCCGCCAUCCCCCAUCUGCUCUCCAGAUACAACUUUAUCUACUCGGAUUGA